CGGUUUAUUGCGGGCAGUGUUUGUCGCGUGCUCGCACGCAAUUCGCGGACGCGCGUACGCGGGCAUCUUAUCUCGCGCACGAUUAUAUAAAAUGAAAACAGUGGAAAGAAGGGAAAAAUCAAACGAGAAAAAAACGAACGAAAUAAUCUGCCGGCGGGGAAGAUGAGCCGUCGAACGAGGAGUCGAGUCGGCUAAUUGUAUGGGAACGUCGCGGCUGAACCGUCGGCUCCCCUUUGCACCGUGCAGAUUAGAAAUUCAUUCGGCUCAGAUUAGAAACACUUAGUCUUCGGCUUCGUUGUUUCCCAGUCCGCCGCGUUUCUCGUCGAUUAGUUCCUGCUGUGCGGCGAAACCUCGUUCGUUACACGAUUCCUGAGCGACCAGCUUCUUGCGGACGGCGAGGAGAAAAGGAAAAGGGUAUCUCUGAACGUGAACACGAACAUGCUGAAGAUCGGGUUUCUCGGAGGAGGCAAGAUGGCGCAGGCGCUUGCCAAGGGCUUCAUUCGCGCUGGAUUGAGCAGGGGCGAUAUGAUGCUGGCCAGCUGCCUACCAAACGACGUGAGCAGCAUAGACGCGUUCAAGGGAAUGGGAUCGGAAACUGUGUACUCGAGUGGACCAGUGAUCGAUCACGGCGAUGUCCUAAUUCUAUCGGUGAAACCGCAAGUGGUGCCGAUGAUUCUUCCGGACUUGAAGAAUUACAACAAACUUCUGCUAUCAAUCGCCAUGGGCGUUCCGAUAUCGGUAUUGGAGAAGGCUUUACCCGGAGGAACUCCAGUGAUAAGGGUGAUGCCCAAUACACCAGCUCUUGUUGGCUGCGGGGCGACAGUGUACGCGCGUGGGAAACACGCUGGCGAUAAGGAAGCUGAAAUAGCGGAAAAAUUGUUUUCUGCUGUAGGGGUCUGCGAGGAAGUCACCGAGAACCUAAUUGACCCGGUCACCGCUUUAGCUGGCUCUGGUCCCGCUUAUGUGUAUAUGAUGAUAGAGGCGUUGGCUGAUGGUGGUGUUAAAAUGGGUCUCAUGAGGCCAAUUGCCUAUAAGCUAGCUGCCCAGACUGUUCUUGGCGCUGGUACCAUGGUCAGAGACACCAACACUCAUCCGGGACAACUUAAGGAUGAUGUGGCUUCUCCAGCAGGGUCCACUAUAACGGCAAUACAUUACCUAGAACAACACGGUUUAAGGUCGGCCGUAAUUGGUGCGGUGGAAGCCGCAACGAAGCGGUGCAGAGAAGUCAGCUCGCUUUCAGAUAAGAACUAGAAUCGACUAAUGGAAUGAUAGAAUAGAAAAUUGGCAACAGACAAGUUAAUAACAAGCGGAAGUUGAACAGUAGUAUUCAUAGUUCCAUGUAGGAGAUAAAGACCUAUAUAGUGAUAAAGUGCGAUCUAUUUUUAAGAGAUCUUUUGUAUAUUUUGUAAAUAUAUUUCAAGUUGUCGUUUAUUAUUCGUUCGAUGCGUCGCAAUUCAAUUUGUAGAUCUGUUAUUUUCUGACAAUAACAUAUUUUUAUAACGAAUGUUUACAGUAUAUGAAAAUGUUAUGUGUAAAUAUUUUUUAUAUUUUGUAAUAACAUUUGUAUGCUUCUAUGUGUAUGCAUAUUUAAGUGGAGUAAUACUGUGCCAAUAGUUUAUUUACUGUGCAUUUUGCAAUAAUAAGUC